UCCCGCGCUUUACUGCGUACGCCGCUGAUCCCGCCGAUCCCCUUCCAAAAUCCUGCAUAAAUCACAGACGCACCCCAGCACAGCAGAGCAGAGCUCCAUCUGCCGUCCCCGGUCUCUCCGCCAUGGCGCCCCUGCUUCUCGUCCUCCUCCUGGCCGCCGCCGUCUCGCCGCUCCCGGCGCCGGCGCACGGCUGGGGCGUCGACGGCCACCUCAUGAUCUGCCAGAUCGCACAGAGCCGGCUGAGCGGCGCGGCGGCGGCGGCGGUGAAGGCGCUGCUGCCGCGGGACGCCGGCGGCAACCUGAGCAGCGUCUGCUCGUGGGCCGACAACGUCAGGUUCAGGUACCACUGGUCGGCGCCGCUGCACUUCAUCGACACCCCGGACAACCUUUGCGGCUACAGCUACGACAGGGACUGCAAGGACAAUGACGGCGUCAAGGGCCGCUGCGUCGCCGGCGCCAUCAACAACUACACCUCCCAGCUCCUCACCUACGGAUCAUCGUCAUCACAUUCUUCCUCUGCCCAAUAUAACCUGACGCAAGCGCUCUUGUUCCUGUCGCAUUUCAUGGGAGACAUCCACCAGCCACUUCAUGUGGGGUUUACUUCUGAUAGAGGAGGGAACACCAUUGACGUCCACUGGUAUAAGAGGAAGACCGUCCUCCAUCAUGUUUGGGAUGCGAGCAUCAUAGAGACGGCGGAAGACGACUACUACGAUCGCGGCACAGCCGAAUUCGUCGACGCCCUGACGAAGAACAUCACGGGAGAGUGGUCAGAGAAAGUGCAAGGGUGGGAAGAGUGCAGCAAGAACCAGACGGCAUGCCCUGACAUAUACGCUUCUGAGAGCAUUACUGCAGCCUGCGACUGGGCGUACAAGAACGCCAAAGAAGAUUCAACUCUGGGAGAUGCCUAUUUCGGGAGCAGGCUACCGGUUGUGAGCUUGAGGCUGGCGCAGGGUGGCGUCCGAUUAGCAGCUACACUAAACAGAAUAUUUGGGGAGACGAAGACAGCAUGAUUAUUUUUGCAGCAGUUUGCUGAAUUUGGCCCAAAUUGUACCGAGAAACUCUAUAUUAUUCGUGUUUCGUUUGUAAUAAAGUUAAGACAGGUAUUAUUAGGGCUUCUUUUUUAUACAAAUUAUUUUCGUAGGAUAUCUGGAGGAUUCUUUACUAAAA